AUGGCAACCCCUCCAGAUCUCAGCCUACCGCCGACGGCUCCAGUGGAGCGCUGCCGCGACGAGCCCAUGUCAUUGCUCCCGACUGCUCUCUACACUCUUGUUGAGCUGUCAGAUGCCGAGCUAGAUGAGCUGCAGCGGGAGUGCGAGUCUGAGAUCCCUGAUGCAACUCCGGGCGACAAUGUACGCCGCCCUGCAGAUACGCAAGCGCGCUUCGUGGGAAGCCCUUUGCGCGCCGUCUACGACUAUCACCUCGAGCUCGGCCCUCUGCACACCUUCGAUCCCAUCUACUUUAUCGUAGCCACCGAUAAAGAAUGGAAGACGAAGGGUGUGUUGCUCGUCACCCUUGAUGAUGGCAACGUUGAUGAGCCUGGCUGCAAGACCGACUCGUUCUUCAUCAAGGCUGGUGACGCCGGACUGACUGUUUCCAACCUCCAAAUUGGAAACUCGGACUGGUUUGAAGAGAAGGAGUCUUACGAGAUAGCGCCCGGUGGAGACGACGGUGACGAUGAUGAUGAUGACAACAACAAUGGAUCCAAAGACAAGGACACGGCGGGCGACGACAGCGAAGGCAACAGCGACGACAGCGGCCCAGACCCGCCGCCAGCCCACAUCAAGCACAUUGACACAUUCGCCCCGCUCUACGUCGUCUCCGGGAUCGACGCGGAGAAACUAAUCUACAAGCUCGAACCCGGCUCGUCGCGCAAAAAGAAGCCCGAAACCGACUAUAUCAUCCGCUGGCAAGCCACUCUGACCCCACAAAACCUCAGCUUGGCCCACAGCUCCAACCCAAUGACGCCCCCUGAUCCAGCCGUCACCGCCGACCUCGUUACUCAAGCUUGCGCCCGGCACCCUGCCCGCUGCCGCAAGAACCCGCGGCUGAACAGGACGCAGCUGCUUGUCGCCGACACGCCGCACUACGACGAGCACGGCCUCGCGCUGGUGCAGCUUUCUUGGGACGAUGGCAUCACCAAGCCUGCCCACUACCAGCGGAUACCGGCCGAGGAAUACGCAGGCUUCCAGCAGCGCUAUCUCGACGCCACAGGGUCACAUCGACCGAAGCACCCGCUCGUCCUCAUUGUCGAGCCGGGCGUGGGGACAGAGGGCCACGCCAUGGCUGGCAGACAGGCGCUAGAUCCAAGCUGGCGCACGCGGGGCGAGCACGACAAGCGGGUCGUGUACGCGCCGCCGCGCCGAGUGGUACCGGGCCGCGUGAAUGAGAGGAUCCAGUGGGAGAAGCUGCACGAGGCGGCGCGGUGGUUUCCAUGGGUGUGUCGCACGCGGCGGUUUGAGCCGGCGCCGUUGGUGCAGCGGUUCUUCGUGUGGGUCGACCACGCGGAGCUGGCUGAAAAGGGAAUAGUCGUGGUUGUGCGGGUAGACUGGGAUGGAGACGUGCAUCGGUCAGACGAGGAGCUGCUUGCAUUGGAUCUUGAUGGAAAGGUAGCAACGCUGCGGGUGCCAGCGGGACAGGCUUUGGAUCUGAUCGAGGCUGCUACGGUUGGAAGGAAUAUCGAGGGGCUUAGCAACGAGGCAGUCGAGUUUUUUCACUGA